GAAGGGGGUGUGCACAUACUUUUGGCUGUUUAGUGUAUGGGUUGUUGAUAAUUGAUAUACGUAGUUAUAAACAUUUUAUUUUGGUAUAAGGGGAAUGUUAUAUUUUCUGACCAUUUAUAUUUAAUCUCCUUUUACAUUUUGCUCUCCACAUAUAGUCCUGCUGUAUAUUUAAAGAACACAUAGUCCCAGUUUCACAGACACGGCUGUGAUCAAUCGGUGAAAGUUUCUUUCAGUGUAAACAGCUCAGUUUUAAAUUUCAGUCAUGGACUAGGCUUAAGCCAUGUUUGUGAAACCUGGGGUUAGUCUCUUAUCUGUCUGUCUGUCAAUCAUCUCUCAUUUCAUAUCUAGCCUAAAUGUCAAAGUGCAAUCAAACUGAAUGAGUAUUAUUUAAUAUUUAGUUUUUAACAUUUCAAUUUGAGUUUAUUUCGACCCAGGAAUAGCAUUUAACAUUGAUCGGUAACGUAAUGCAUUUUAAUAUGGUCAUAGAUGAAAUGAUAAAUCCAUCAUGAGAUGACCUACAUGCUUUCACUGCAUUUUAUUGGCUUCACUGCAUUUUUCACGCAGCUGAACUUACAUCUUCAGUAAGGAUUUUAACGCUAUUCAAACUGAAUGGACCUCAUUUCUUACAGAUUCAUAAAAUCUGAUGCUGGUUCUGGAGAUUUAUUCAGCGCUGUUGGAGUGACAGUGUUUUGUCUGGUGGGCUUGUUGCUUCCUGUUUUUGCAUUAUUGUGGUUGCAGCUAAAAAUAUGAGUAACUUACGUGAGAUGCAGAGACUGUAACGUUAACGUAUCCCUUUCUCCUUCUCUGGCUAUUUUUUGUCGCGCUCAUUAUAAAAAAUAAGGCAUUAAACCGUUUUAAACAGUCAAAUUUAUAUCAGCUCAUGUUAGUUUAAUGAGUCUAAAGUUUGCUAAGACUCCGUUAGCUAGCAGACUAGCGCGCUGUGCUAGCUGACCACCAAAUCUUUUUACACGAUGUAAAAAUACAAGAAAACAGUCUGUAGUUUUUCUUUUCUUUUUUUUUUUCUUUCUUUUUUUGGCUUUAAUCCGUCGGAAUCCCACCGAGUCUGGACAGAAAAAAGCUUCUCAGCCUCUGUCAGGAUAUUUGCCGGAAUAUGCCGUGACGUGUCGGUCAGGCUGUGAGCGCGAACAAGAUCCCAGAAGGUAACAUUUCCCCCAGGUCUGUGAAAUAGAGAAGACAUGGACAGCUCAGUCACCCUGUGGCAGUUCCUGCUGCAGCUUCUGUUGGAUCCCAGCAAUGACCACCUCAUCUGCUGGACCAAUGAGGAUGGAGAGUUCAAACUGUUGCAGGCGGAGGAGGUGGCCAGAUUAUGGGGUGCCCGCAAAAACAAACCCAGCAUGAACUACGACAAACUUAGCCGGGCUCUGCGUUACUACUAUGACAAGAACAUCAUCAAAAAAGUAAACGGACAGAAAUUUGUGUAUCGUUUUGUAUCGUACCCUGAUAUCCUAAAGGGAGAUGUCAUGGCCAGAAUGGAGGGUGCAGACGGCGUCUCAAACGGACCUCUGCCCCUUUCCGACAAACCUGCAAACGUCUCUAGGGAUAAAGACAGCAAAGCUGCCCCAGACAGAGGUGCAGGAACACCGGGUCAGUCCAAAUCGUCUGGUCGGAAUGACUAUAUCCACUCUGGCUUGUAUACAUCCUUCACGUUGACCUCUCUGCAGUCGGGAACGCAACUUUUUAAAUCCAUUAAGGUUGAAAAUCCAGGAGAAAAGCUAAUGGAGAACAAGGCAGCCCAGGAGUCGCCCCAGCCACCCACUGUCAUUAAAUUUGGGGCCAUGCCACAGAACAGACACCCCACUCCGUCUGUCAUAGAACUUCCAACACAACCCACCCAAGUUCCACUGCCCGUUCCAGCAGAACCUGAGGCCGAACAGGCCGGCGUCUCGCAUGUUGAGAAUCCCACCUCAGAGAAUGCCAUGAUGGGCUUCCCGCUCUCAAGAAUCUCUUCAUCGCCACUCACACGUUCCCAGUCACCCUCCUCUUCUCCGAUGACAGAUUCCCAGGAGCUGGUGAUUGACAGUGAAAUUGAGUCCCUCUCCUCACAGCCUUCAGAGUUACAGCUGCAGGACCAGCCCACCUCUGUUUCCAAGGACAUUGUUCCAGUGUCUGAGAUGUCUGAAUCUCCACUGCGCAAUCUCAGCGGAAAGUCUAAGAAACCCAAAGGCCUGGAGUUGAUGCCCACACUGGUGGUGACCAGCUCUGACCUUAGCCCUCUCAAUCUGUACAGCCCAUCCAUCCCUACGGCCUUACUGCAGACACCCAUGCUGCUCACACCCAGUCCACUUCUGUCCAAUAUCCAUUUCUGGAGCACACUCAGUCCGGUGGCACCCCACAGUCCCGCCCGGAGACAGGGCACGCAUACCCUCUUUCAGUUUCCUUCUGUACUGAGUUCUGCGCAGUUCUCUGUUCCCGUGUAUAAUUUAGACGGCACCAACACGCCCGGCCCUCUCUCACCCGACCCACAGAAGACAUAAGAGGGGGACAAAGACCAGCAGACUUCAUCUUUGCCUCAUGUUCUUGAUUGAUAAACGCAGGAUAACCUCAUUCUUUUCACCUGAUCUGGCACACUUCAGUAAAAAAACAUCUUUGACCGCCAUUUAAGAGCAUCCGUUUGACUCUUGAACCUUUGUGAUGUCACUGAAAUUUUUCCCUGGGAUGUAUAUCAAGCCAUCAGAUACAUCAGUAAAUCUUUCGUUUCUAUUUUUUAAUGCGCUGGUCUUCAGGGAUUGGCUCUAGUGUGACUAAAGCAGAUGGCUGUUGAUCUGCACAGCUGCCAAAAUGGGAUUUCAUCGUAAAGCGUCCGUUGUUUGAUCAUUAGAUUAGGAUCUGGAUUGAUUUUCCUUGUGUUCAGUUUCUUGAGCUUAAGACUUCGAUCAGACGCGGAAGAGGUUCUCAUGUGACGUCAGCACCGUGUGUUUGUACAGCAAGAUCCUUGUUCUGAAUUGGAUAAAGAGGGAUCAUUUUGUACAUAAUCCAACAAGUUCACCUCAUCUCAACUCAUGUUUGCCUUUUGUUUGGGAAGUCCUCAAACCUGCCUUGCCAAGCUAAACCGCCCCUUUGCCUUGUGAUUUUGAUAAUGGUGACCUCUGUUUUAUCUUGUACUUUUCCUCAUGCUGCACUUACUGCUUUGUAUUUAAAGUGUUCUGUAACCACAUAAACAGCACUUAGAUGAAAACAAGCUGCACUUACUAGGGCUUUUGCUCCUAUUCGUGUUUACUAGCCAUCCAGAACAGUGGUGAACUAGUUGGCUUAUUUUAUUAAAUUAAUGUCACCUGUAAAGCUAGCUGUGCAACCCUCAAACAAGCUCCUGACAGCAUUUUAUUAUUCGAGAGCCACAUGAACACAAUCACUUUAAGCAAUGAUUGCAAUCAGAAUCAGCAGAAGUCAAGUUUAUUUGGGAUAGUCCACCAAGUCAUUCCAAACCUGCAUGUCUUUCUUUUUUAUGAGGAACACAAUCUUCUGGAGAACAUCCAUGCAAUGAAAGUCAACAACAUUUGACCCCAUUGACCUUCAUUCUGAGACACGUGAUACAAAAAAUAUCAUCAUUUGUGUUCCAUAGAAGAAAGAAUUCAUGGAGGUUUGCAACAAAAUGACGUUUCAUUCAUUUUUGGGUGUACUAUCUCUUUAUGAAUAUUGAGUCUAACAUUCUGGACGUUCUUGAUGUGACCCUCAUCACUGGAAAGCACAUUUUAAAGUGACAUCUUCUAGCAUUAACCCCAUCUUUUCUGGUGCUUUGAGCAUGAUGCACAUUUUUGAGUAGGGAAGAUUGGCAUCGCCCACGCUGCAAUGCUUGAUGGCGACUGUCUAAUGAAGCGUGUUUCCAAACACGCCCCAACGCCAUUGAACCAUUACCGUAACACCACCAGAUAUGCCACUGCGGCUAUGCUUAUCAUGCAAAUCUUUUCCUAUAAACCAUUUCCUUCUCUCUGAAAGACUGGAAGCCAUUAGGCCCCAAGGACUUGCUUUACUCCAAUAGACUGCAGAUUCACCAUUAAUCUAAUGGAGCGUACACAGCAUAAAAUGGAAUGGAACGGCACCGGCUCAGUGCUUAAAGCCUCAUCCCACCAUUAGGAUAGUUGGAUUGCUGGAGAUCGGUUGGAUGCGUACCGUAACUGGAUGGCUGGCUGUAGAGCCCGGGCCAAAUACUCAAAACCAUUCCUGCAUUUGUCAGCUUUCCCGGAGUUGUGCAAGAUUCAAUCCCCCAGCAGAAUGCAAUCUACCUUGGACAACAAGGCAAAGCUGUUUGUAAUGCCCAGUCAGAAGUGUCUGUCCUUAUUGUAGCGGGUUAGCAUGGUCCAGUUAACCUCUGCGGGUAGAUUAGACCAUGCAUUUUUCUCCAUUGAUUUGCUUUCAGAACUGCCAUGUGUUUUUGAAGGCAACAGAUAUAUUUGAGUGUGCAUUAUAGUUAAUACAUAAAAAAAUAGUGUAUAGUAGACCGUUUUUGC